AAAGCAGGCAGGGCCUUUUAGGGCUUAAUCCACAAUCGCAUGUGAAUGUCUAUGGAGAAGCGUGCGUGUGGCUUUGGAUACAAGAGUCUUUGAGCAGAGUGCCAGCAGCCGUGGGCACAGCUAAUAAAGUUACGGCUUUUUCGACAUAAGAGGUGUAGUAGUGUGUCAGAUUCUUUGGAAGGAACGAACGGUUGUGUUCACGGACAGAGACGAAAGGAAACUCAUCCCGGGUUAGUCCUGGCUUUCCACCAUGGUAAACCAUGUUCAGCUGCCAGAUGGUGCUGGUCACCUGUCCAAGUGUGACUCCAGUGGUACAAGCGGCUCUAGUGGGGGAGAGAGCUCUAAGGAGAGUUCACGCUGUUCCACUCCAGUCCUCGAUGCUGAUCGGACCGACCGUCUACGAGAUAAAAUGCGCCGCCGGAUUGACUGUGGUGACAAGUGGUUUUCGCUGGAGUUCUUCCCUCCACGAACUGCAAAUGGAGCAGUUAACCUAAUAUCCAGAUUUGACCGCAUGGGGGCAGGGGGUCCACUGUUUAUUGAUGUGACUUGGCAUCCUGCUGGAGAUCCUGGAUCGGACAAAGAGACUUCUUCAAUGAUGAUCGCUAGCACAGCACUCAACUACUGUGGCCUAGAAACAAUACUUCAUAUCACUUGUUGCAAUCAGAGUAAAGAAAGAAUCACUGAACACUUAAAAAAGGCUAAACGUCUGGGUCUGAAAAACUUAAUGGCAUUACGAGGUGACCCUAUCGGUGAAGAGUGGGAAGAAGAAGAAGGAGGUUUCAGCUAUGCCACAGACCUUGUAAAGCACAUUCGCUGCGAAUUUGAAGAUUAUUUUGAUAUUUGUGUUGCUGGUUAUCCAACUGGACAUCCAGAAGCGGAAAACUAUGAGCAAGACCUGAAACAUCUCAAAGAGAAGGUUGAUGCAGGUGCAGACUUCAUCAUAACUCAGUUGUUCUUUAGGCCUGAGACCUUUUUGAAGUUCCUGAAAGAUUGUCGUGCAAUUGGGAUUUCUUGCCCUAUUCUACCAGGAAUAUUUCCCAUUCAGGGAUACCAGUCUCUACGACAGCUGGUGAAACUUUCCAAGCUUGAAGUACCAGAAGAGAUCAAGGGAGUAAUUGAGCCAAUCAAAGACAAUGAUGCAGCAAUCCGUAACUAUGGCAUUGAUCAGGCUGUGGAUAUGUGUAAAGUUUUGCUGGGCAGUGGUGAGGUGCCUGGACUUCACUUCUACACCUUAAACAGAGAGGUGGCCACCAUAGAGGUGCUGAGGAAGCUAGGAAUGUGGCGUGAAGACCCAAGGAGACCUCUGCCUUGGGCAGUAAGUGCUCAUCCUAAACGCAAAGUGGAAGAUGUAAGACCUAUCUUCUGGGCAUCUAGACCAAAGAGUUACAUCUAUAGGACACAAGAAUGGGAUGAAUUUCCCAAUGGAAGAUGGGGUAACUCUUCCUCUCCUGCCUUUGGGGAGUUGAAUGAUUACUAUCUGUUCUACCUGAAGAGCAAGUGUCCUCGGGAGGCACUGCUGCAAAUGUGGGGUGAGGAGUUGAAGAAUGAGCAAAGCGUUUUUGAGGUUUUUACCAACUAUAUCUCUGCAAAACCCAAUGCUUCUGGGAAUAAGGUGACUUGCUUGCCAUGGAAUGAUGAUCCUCUAGCUCAGGAGACAAACCUCCUCAAAGACCAGCUAGAGAAGGUCAACUGCCGCGGAGUACUGACCAUCAAUUCCCAGCCAAAUAUCAAUGGAAAGCCCUCUACUGACCCUGUUGUGGGAUGGGGACCAGCUGGUGGCUAUGUCUUCCAAAAGGCUUACUUGGAAUUUUUUACCUCUAAUGAGAAUGUCACUGCACUUCUAAAAGUGCUUAAAAAAUAUGAGCCUCGGGUUAAUUACCACAUUGUUGAUGUGAAGGGUAAGAACAUAACAAAUGCUCCUGACAUGCAGCCCAAUGCAGUUACCUGGGGCAUCUUUCCAGGCAGAGAGAUUGUUCAACCAACUGUUGUGGAUCCUGUUAGCUUCAUGUACUGGAAGGAUGAAGCAUUUGCCCUUUGGAUUGAGCAGUGGGCCAAGUUGUAUGAGGAGGAGUCUCCCUCCAGGAUGAUUAUUCAGUAUAUGCAUGACAACUACUAUUUGGUCAAUUUGGUGGACAAUGACUUUCCCCUGGAGAACUGCCUGUGGCAAGUCAUCGAGGACAUGUUUGACCUUGUGAACUCCACUGUUGAGCAUGCCAUUUAGUGGUGAGGAUGCCCCAGAACAGCAUCAGGUCACCUUUCUUGGGUUAAAGUUGACAUGUUUGAAUAUAAGUUAUCAAGAGACAACACUGGAGCAGGACUGACACUCCAUUCACAGAAUAACAGCAUAAAGAUGUUGAUGACAGACUACUUUAAAAAUUAAUAAGUUUCUAAUUUUUACUAUUUUUACUUGUUUUAUUGUGAAGCUACUAUCCAUGCAACACUUGGAGUCCAAAAAACCCUUUUUGAAAAUUUCAGCCACAACACCUUCAGACAAUUAGACAUCAUUUGUGUUUUUAAACCACUCUUCCUGUUGAAUGCACAGAUUCCGCAGAGGGCCAAGAAUGAGAGCGCUGUAAUGUGCGGUGGAGAUGUCAGAGAGCCACUUAAGUCUUCGGUAUUUGGGGUCCAGCUCCGCUCUUUUUAACCUGCUGCUGAAAUUGGUAAGGGUCAGUAUGUACCUCAGAGUGGAGUGUGGCUCCUAUGAGCUUUUACCCAAAUGAAACUGAUAUUUGACCCCCAUUAAACAAAACGGUGGCAGCAAGUAA